AAAAAGCACCGUGGCCCCCCAAAAAAAAAAAAAAAAAACUUCGGGAAAAAUGGAAAAAGUAACAGAAGUAAAGACUUUAUCCGCGCGGCCGCUGCAGCGAUAAGGACUCGACCGGCGGGUGGACGUUGCACGUUUCUCCCCCCCCCCCCCCCAGGCGGAGAGGGUUUUCUUCCCAAACUGACUAUGGAGUCGACCGCGGAGUUCCUCGCACUUCCAUUGAAAGGCUGAAAAGUUGCUCAUGGAGAAAGGAGCACGUCGGGAGUCAUGAGCACAGGUGUGAAGAAGCCUCCACUAGCUCCCAAACCUAAACUUCCUGCCACCGCCAAACCCUCUCCCCCGCCCAUCGCCCCCAAACCGGGGAUCGUCCUCACCCAGUCCCCGGCCGUCUCCCAGCCAUCCCCGGCCACGCUCAAGAGGGCGAAGCCGGCGCUCGCGCCCAAGCCGUGCAUCCCCAAGUCCUUGGCCUCUUCUCCGCCCCCGCCGCCCAAACCCGCCGGAGCCCUUAUCAUAUCUCAGGAACAGCAGGAAGCGCUGGACAAUAGCCUCUCGCUCCUCAACUCCAGAAAUGGGAUUUUAUCAGAGUCGCACAAACGCGAGUCGGACUACAUCAUCCCCACCUGCUCCUGCGGGCUGCGCGACUGCUCCCAGUGCCGGCGGCUGGAAAACGGAAGUGUGACCGAGAUCGGGGGCGGCGAUUUGCACAGAGAGCCGCAGCGGAAUGGGGUUUCCACGGAGGGGCUCGCGGGGACCGGGAUGGGGCCACAGGAGAAAGCGGAGACGCGGGGGGAGGGGGUAGCGGCGCAGAAGGGCGAAGCCGGAGGGAUUAGCAAAAAGCCCAGGGAUAAACCUCAAAGACACAGACACCUGGACAGGGAGGCGCAGAGGGAGAAAGUCUCAGAGGCUGUGAAACAUCAGGAAAGUGCAGAGCCUGAACAGACCGAGGACCAAAACACAGACUUAACGGACUCUCCGCCGGCCUGUGAUGUUGCUGGCAGCAUCAUUGUCUUCUCGAGUAUCACUCUAUCUGCAGAAUCCUUUCAGGUAGAAUACGACGAGCCUUUCAGGGACGCCUGCCCCGCCAGGCUGCCCCCUGAACUGCAGGUCCCUGCCGCCCCCAGUAAGCCUCUCCCGGUUCCGCACCCGCGUAAACAUAAAAAGCCGGCCCUGGUGAGGCAGGAUGGCGUGGAGGGGAGCGGUGCCCAGGACCCGUCGGCGGAGGAACGGGCGCAGGGGACCGAGGUGCGAGAAGCCGAGGGGAGACUGAGUCUAGCUGGUCUGUCGGAGGGGGGGGAGCUCACACAGGACACGAGUGACGACUCUUUACCCCAAAAAGACUCAGGGAUGGAGGACAGCGAGUCGGACGCGCCCGUGCCCCCUCCCCGACAGACCUCCCUCUCGCCUCGCCUCCACAGAACAGUCCACGCACCCCACUGUCUUAACAAAAACACCUCCCACUCCUUAGACCUGCUCUCGCAACCCGACUCCGCGAGUCACAAAACGGAGGGCGAGGACCGCCGGGCGGAGGACGACGAGGAGGACGGGUACGGCGACUUUGCGCGGUACCCGAUCACCCACAGCCUCCCCAAGCAGAUCAAGCUGGGCUGCCACCCGCCGCUGGCGAACGCCAGGAAAGCCCUCUCCGCCGAGGACCAGCCGUUCCCGAGGGCGCCGCCCAGAAAACCUCAAAGACACAGCAUGCCAGCGGCCCCGCCGCCCUCCAUCUGCCCGCCUGCACCUCCACACGCCAACACCCCCAUGAGGGAGCUGCCCGCGCCCCCUCAGGAGAAGACCGCCUGGCGCUUCACCCGACCCUGCGUGACCUUCUUCAGCCGGCAGAUGCCCACCAGGAGCAGCGUGCCGCCCAAGGGCCGAGCGCCAGCGCUGGGGGGCAAGCAGAGGGCGCAGUCCUUCUCCGCCGCCGACCUGGCGACCCGGGCCAACUCUCAAAAGAGGGGCCUCUCCUUCCGGAAGCUGCUGGAGCUCCGGCUGUCCGUCAAGAUGCUGCCGAAGCUGCUGGCCAAGGGCGGGCAGUCGCUGGACUGCACCAGCGUGGAGUCGACCCGGGGGGAGAGGAGCCAGGAGCGGCCCAACAGCUGCAUAGGGGGGGCGGCGGAUAUCUGCGGGGAAGGCGUGGAGGAGUCGGUGGAGUACGAGAACGUGCCGCUGUACGAGGAGAUCCCCGAGUACAUGAACCUGCCGUUCCACGGCGCGAGGCUCGGGUGGCCCGGUGACCUCGAGGCGGCGGAUUCCGACAUCUACGAAGUGCAGGAUCCAUAUCACAGGUGCCGAGACCAUGAAUACGAGAGCGACUGGCUGGGGCAGGACGUCCACUCUGAAGAAGACGAGGAGGAAGAGGAGGAGGAGAUCCACAGUUCAGAUGAAGAGGACAGCAGCUCCACCUCCAGCAAGGAGCACCUGGACGAGGCAGACAGACAGCAAGAGGACGAGAUGAAGAGGAAGAAGGUGGUGCACAUCGCCCAGGAGAUCAUGAGCUCGGAGAAAGUAUUCGUGGACGUCCUGAAGCUUCUACACAUAGACUUUCGCGAUGCCGUCGCCAAGGCAACCCGUCAGAAUGGGAAGCCGGUGGUGGACGAGCGGAUCCUCAAUCAGAUCCUGUAUUACCUCCCACAACUCUACCAGCUCAACAGAGACCUGCAGAGAGAGCUGGAGGAGAGGGUGGCUCACUGGAGCGACCACCAGAGGCUGUCGGACAUCUUUGUGCAGAAGGGUCCGUACCUGAAGAUGUACUCCACUUACAUCCGCCAGUUCGACAACAACGUGGCGCUGCUGGACGAGCAGUGCCGCAAGAACCCAGCGUUCGCCGCCGUCGUCCGGGAGUUCGAGACGAGUCCGAGAUGUGCCAGCCUGGCCCUGAAACACUACCUGCUGAAGCCAGUGCAGAGAAUCCCUCAGUACCAGCUGCUGCUCACGGAUUAUCUGAAGAACCUCCCAGAGGACUCUGAGGAUUACAAAGACACACAAGCCGCCCUCAGUAUCGUGAAGGAAGUGGCCAACCACGCUAACGACAUCAUGAAACAAGGGGAUAACUUCCAGAAGCUGAUGCAGAUUCAGUACAGCCUCAACGGUCACCACGAGAUCGUCCAGCCCGGCAGGGUGUUUCUGAAGGAGGGAACACUCAUGAAACUGUCCAGGAAGGUCAUGCAGCCGCGGGUGUUUUUUCUGUUUAAUGAUGCACUCAUGUACACCACCCCGGUCCAGUCUGGCCAGUACAAACUCAACAGUGUCCUCUCACUGGCCGGGAUGAAGGUGAGUAAGCCGAGCCAGGAGGCCUAUCAGAACGAGCUGAACAUCGAGAGCGUCGAGCGCUCUUUCAUCCUGUCUGCCGGCUCGGCUACAGAGCGAGACGAGUGGCUGGAGGCCAUCGCCAAGGCCAUCGACGACUACACCAAGAAGAAAAUAACAUUCAUAUCGAGUCGAAGUCAAGAGGAGGCUGAGUGCGUCGUGGACAGCGGGGCUCCGUUGGGUUCGAAGGCUCCCAUCUGGAUCCCGGACCUGAGGGCCACCAUGUGCAUGAUGUGCACCUGCGAGUUCACCCUCACCUGGAGGAGGCAUCACUGUCGCGCUUGCGGAAAGGUGGUGUGUCAGGCCUGCUCCGCCAAUAAGUACUACCUGGAGUACUUGAAGAACCAGCCGGCACGUGUGUGUGAUCACUGCUUUGCCAAGCUGCAGGAGAAUAGUGACCGCUGUGCUUCCACAUCAGUGUCUCCCAUCAAAUCCGGAGCUUUCUCCUUCACCAGAAAACAGAAGAAGAUUCCUGCUGCACUAAAAGAGGUUUCUGCCAACACGGAGAACUCCUCCAUGAGCGGCUACUUAAACCGGUCGAAGGGCAACAAGAAGCAGUGGAAGAGGCUGUGGUUCGUCAUCAAGAACAAAGUGCUGUACACCUAUGCUGCCAGCGAGGACGUGGCGGCGCUGGAAAGUCAGCCUCUGCUCGGGUUCUUCCUGAGGGAGGAGAAGAACGGGCCGGCGCAGAAGCUGCAGUUCAAGCUGUACCACAAGAACACGCUGUUCUACAUCUUCAAGGCCGACGACAUCCCCACUGCACAGAGAUGGAUCGAGGCCUUUCAAGAGGCAAUGAUUCUUGAACAGUAAUCAACCUCUUUUUUAGCAGCGAAGUCGCACAUCGCAGCCCCCGGAGCCAGUUGAUAGACAACUCUUCGACCCCCCCCUGGUUGACAUCAGGUCAGGAAGGGGGGAGGGGUCACCAGCUCAGGAAGGACUCCGGACGGACUGUUUAGUUCAAACAACAGAACUGAGAACUGGAUUCUGUUUUUACAUAUUUUUCUACCAGCAGCAGCUGCUGUCGCUCAGCACCACCCGGCUGAGGUCAGAGUUCACAGUGAGCUACAGCUGUGGGUCAAAGGUCAAGUCCAGAAACGUGUGUGUGUGUGGAAGUGAGACCAAACAGUUGUCGGGGGCCAUUGAAAAGCCCUUUGGAAAAUCCUAGGAAGUCUUGGGAUGAUUUUUUAUUUUUUAUGCAAAUGAAUGAAGGAAUCUUCUGUGUGAAAUGAAACGUAUGAAACUGUGCACCUUCAUUCACGCACAUUAAUAUUGGCCACACAAUGUUAAAGAUUAUAAAGUAACCAACACACAAAAACACAUCAAAUAUUAAAAAUGAUAAGGUGUUUGAUCUAAAUCACGGAUUUAAAGUAUCGCUGAGUCUAAUCACGUGACAUGUUGGGAUUUUACUGUGAAGUUGAUAUUCAGCUCUUUAGGUUGAUCUCUCUGGUUCAGAGAUUUGUUUUUUUUAGAUUUUAAAUACCAAACAUUUAGAUCAUGGGAUAAUAAAAAAACAUCCUGGAGAAAACUGGAAAUAUCAUGAAUAAUGUAGAUAUUUUUCAUACAGUUCAAAAUGUUUUUUUGUGUCUGUUUUGGCUCAUUAUAAAUGGUUAAUGGGUGAAACUGGACAUAUAAGAGCAACAUUGACCCUUUUUUUAAGCGAAGAGCUAAUAUUUAUAAUAAAGAAAUAGGGAGGUUUAUUGUUUUGAAGAGCACAGGCUGCCACUUGUUUUUGGGAGUCAGGGUUUGUUAUGAAAUAUGUUUGCAUCAAAAAGCAUUAUUAUUUUUUGUAAAUGGUAAAAGAUAACAGGUGCUUUUUUAUGAGCGAAUACUGUGGGAAGUAUGCAUGAACUGUAUUUCAAAAGAAAGGAAACAUUUUUAAUUUUUGACAUUGUGCCUUUAUAUCUCAUGUUUUGAGAUAAAUUGCAAUAAUAUAGGUGUUUUAAAUUCUAAAGGACGAAUUUAAUAUUCCGGUUCAUAGGACUUAACUCACUUUGUAGCCAGGGUACAUGAGGAUUAUAGUUUUUCAAAACAAGGUAAUUUUUCAGGGUUUUUUUGUUCUUGGUAACCAAGUUGCACUACUCCAUCAUGGCAAAUUAGUAGAUUCCACUAUUAAAUAAAACCCCAAAUCCUACUUUUUUAAAUUGAAGAAAUAAAAUGGUUCAUAUUGUCAUAUUGUUGGCGUACAAUUUUUAAUUUGUGCCUCAUUCAGAUUUGGACUAAUGAGGUUUACAUCUGCAGAGCAUGUGCUUCUUCUUCUUCUAUUUCUUCAUGAUUGUACAGUAACAUUUAUAAACAGCCACUCUAUCCGAGUUAGAGUCUCCUAUAAACAAUGUUUCUAAACUGUCAGGCAACAGUUUUUUAAUAAAAAAAAUAUAUGUAUGUAAAUAA